AUGGCAAACUUGAAGUUGGCUUCUCUCCCUUCUUCAAUGCUUCAUAAAAUUAUAUUCAUCGUAGCAAGAAGCAGUGUCUGGGAAGUUAGUUGUGCACAAGUUGCUUUCCCAGGGUUCAGUGUAGGUGGGAGAGAAGAUUACUUUUACAAAUCUGCAAAUCUCAUUUUCAUGAAAGACUGGAUAGAUGUGGUUAAUGCUGUAAUCCAGAGGUCAUCUACUGGCGAGAUAUGUAUGAGUUCUUCAUCCUCCAUUUACUUGAUAAAAGAAAAGAAAAAAAUUCAUCUUGCUAGUAAGAGAGGAUUCUUGUUGGUCAGAUAUGUGGAUGAUAUGAUGAACUUAGCAUUUUGCGCUGAUGAUAGAGGACUGGUUCACAAAUAUCCUGCUUUUACUCUUGAAUAUGUUGAUUGGUUGUAUCACAUGAUCACUAGUUGGGUACUCUCAGGUCAUUGGGGUUACGAUAAACCAAAGAUGUUUAUGUCUCUGUUGCAAAGAAUAGAUCCCAACGUAUCAAAUGAUUGCUCGUGCUCCAGAAUAAUAGAACCAGUGUUUGUAAUCUCUUUAGAUGGAUGA